AUGAAUGCUGUACGGGAAAAGGACUCACUCGAAACAUCCAUCACAGAGGCACCAAUUUCAACCGCCGCCAAGAACCGCUUACUUGAACUGUUAUGGGGAGCAUGCCCAGUUGCAUGCACACCGGUUUCUUUCUUCGAAUACUAUGCUCAGCAAUGCGACUUCUUCUCCAUUGCACAGAGCGAGAGCCGUCCGAUCUUUGGAGAUGCUAGUGGACACAUCACAACUCACCAGGAGCUUGCUGACAUAGCGACGAAACUGGUCGAUGGACAUCGAACGAGAGAAGACGUUGUCGCGGAAUUGUUGGCAGCCAAAACCUUGCCCAAUGUGUCCAACGCGAAUGAGGAUGUGGAGAAUUCAGUCGACUGGGCAGCGAGAGCCUUGACAUGUGCAGAGAUAGGCGCUCUUCGCUGUGCAUACACAUCCCGCAGACCACUGUUGUGGGAGAAAGGCUCUUUGCGCGACUUUCUCGCAGAUGUAUUCAGCAGUAACAAGACGAGCAAUGCGCACGUUCGACUGGAGAAGACAUUUAACGCGCGCAGUCUGGAGCGCCUCGCUGGAAUUUCCAUCGAGUGGACCAAUGAUCUUUCUUCUCACUUAAGCCUUCGAGACGACGACACGAAGGUCUUGCUUUUUCACCAGGCCACCUUCUUGGAGAACGUAAAACAUGACAUCUUCCCAACAAACCUCUGCGAGGAGACGUUGAGAACACUUGCGCUACUGUUACCUUCGUCGGAUCGCGAUAUCCGGCGUUGGUAUGCCAAACAGCAAUCUGCUCACAAUCUGGAUAUCAAAGCCGUCCACUGUCGCAAGCUCCGAGCAGAUGAUCGUCAAAUUGAGAACUUCCAUUACUGGGGCGAGCGUCUUUCCAUCCUCAAGCAGGUUUUCGACGAGGCCGAGCCAAAUACACUCUCACAGUGGUGGUAUGAUCGUCGGAAAGGCCCACAGUGGUACACGUUCUGGGUGGCGAUAACGGUGCUUGCAUUGACUGUUUUCUUCGGCGUCGUCCAGUCUGUUGAGGGAGCCUUGCAGGUGUAUAAGGCAUAUCAUCCAUCUUGA